GGGAGGCAAUCAGCUCAGCACCUCUCCUCCAGCAGGAGGAAAAGCACAGCGGGACAGGCCCAGGAGAAGACACUCAGUCAAAGACGCACUGACGAGCAGUCAGGUCAACGUGUAGAGGUCAAAAAGGGAGCUGGUGCGGGACGGGGGUUGGGUGUACCCCCCGCUGGCUGGCAAGUCCACAAGAGCGCAAGCCGGUCCUGGGAGGAAGAAGAAGGGGUCGAGAAGAGAGAAAGAGGGGACGGUCCCCCAACUCCUGUUUCUUUUGACAGUCCUGCCACCUUGCCAUCAACAUGGGCGAAUGGACCAUUUUGGAGAGGCUGCUGGAGGCGGCUGUCCAGCAGCACUCUACUAUGAUUGGAAGGAUCCUGCUGACAGUGGUGGUGAUUUUCCGUAUCCUAAUAGUAGGCAUAGUGGGAGAAAAAGUGUAUGAGGAUGAGCAAAUCAUGUUCAUCUGUAAUACCAUGCAGCCCGGCUGCAACCAGGCUUGUUAUGACAAGGCCUUCCCCAUCUCGCACAUCCGCUACUGGGUCUUUCAGAUCAUCUUGGUGUGCACGCCGAGUCUGUGCUUCAUCACAUAUUCUGUUCACCAGUCGGCUAAAGCACGUGACCGAAGCUACUCUCUCCUGCAUCCUUACAUGGAUCACCAUGGUCAUGGUCACCAUGGUCGGCAUGGUCAUGACCAUCACGCUCGCAAGCUCCACUCUCGCAACAUCAAUGGCAUCCUGGUGCACCCUGACAGCAGUAAGGAGGAUCAUGAGUGCCUGGAGGUCAAGGAGAUCCCCAACGGACCCCGAGGACUUCCUCAAACACACAAGAGUGCCAAAGUGCGACGACAGGAGGGCAUCUCCCGUUUCUAUGUCAUCCAGGUGGUGUUCCGCAACGCGCUGGAGAUUGGCUUCUUGGCCGGUCAAUACUUCCUGUACGGCUUCAAUGUGCCAGGAAUGUUUGAGUGUGAUCGCUACCCAUGUGUGAAGGAGGUGGAGUGUUACGUGUCCCGUCCAACAGAAAAGACCGUGUUUCUGGUCUUUAUGUUUGCAGUGAGUGGCAUAUGUGUGCUGCUCAACCUGGCUGAGCUCAACCACCUUGGCUGGAGGAAGAUAAAGACGGCCAUGCGAGGGGUGCAGGCACGAAGGAAGUCCAUCUGUGAAGUGCGCAAGAAGGAUGUUUCACACCUGUCCCAGGCCCCAAACCUGGGCAGGACCCAGUCUAGUGAGUCAGCCUACGUCUGACAGAGGCUUCUCUGCCUGGGGGCUCGAGGACCUCUUAAAUUUUGGAGAAGAGCUUUUCCCUGGCCCACGACCCCUACCAUUAGGGCACAAAACUCACUAUUGCAUUAUUAUUCAGGAGCACAGACAGACUCUGUGUAAUCAUGAUAAAGCAUCAGUUCACAAAGUAGAGUCUUUGACACUUCUAGAGACAAGAAUCACCUUCUUAAAAAGGCAACUGUGUUGCUGCAACAAAGCUUUACACCUAAAGCUUACACGAUGAAGAGUUCUGCUCUGCCUAGGUGACACUAGAUGCCUUCAAAGAACCCAACAGAUAAAACUGAGCAAAUACUAGUAAUAUUAAAAUACUGUAAAGAUAGUCUGAGGUUGAAUUAUCUGAAAUUCUUCAUUAUUUGCCUUUGCUGUAGGUCAGAAAUAAUCCCCUUAUUUUCCAAUUAUGUCUGCAUUAUGCAAGAGCUUAAGCGUGUGCAUGCAUACGCAUGUGUGUGGGGAAAAAAAGCCAAUCUCUGACUUGAUUCAGAAAAUUGAAUGCUAAGCUAAUCUGAGCUACUGAGAGAAAGAUAAUGUUAUUUCUCAUGGUCCAUAAUCAUCGAGCAAAGUCACUUGGCGAACAAACAAGCACCUUUUUAAACAUAUUUUAAGAAAUAUACACAAAAUCACAUAAAACCAACAGCAGUAAAGCUAUCUACAUAAACUGGGACACAGUGUCAGUGUACCAGGCUUUUUCUUAAACACUGUCACAAUUCUUCAUAUUCUUGCAUUAGGUGCCAAUCAGACUGUAGGCUGACAUUGCCUGGGAGCUUUUGUUCAAAGAGAGACACAUGGUGCAUUGAAGAUGAGUUAGAUUUACUUUUCAACACUGUGUUACGCACCACAAUGCUCCCAGUGCCUGCAAGGCAUGCUGUUUACUCUCAGAAGCCACUGAAAACAGUCAAGAAAAGUGUGCCAGUGUUUCCACUUUGGCUUCUAAAGUGUGAUCGCAGUGUAAGGUGCUGAAUGGAGUUAUAUAAAGAUUUUUUCAAAUAAACAGGAAAAAGUAUUGUUGUCACAAAUAUUUUAACAUGUAACCUCAAGCUUUUUUUCACAAGCAGAUUUGGUGCCAUAUUUAAAGUUACUGUACAUAGAUGAGAUGUAAUAAUUACACUUAGCCUUUUCCCUAUGCCGUAUAGAUGGGCCUCACUUGGAUGGGGGAACAUGGGGUGGGUGGUAAUGAAGAUUAAUCAUAGAUUGCCAGCUUUAACAAUAUGUAUUAUAAAUGUGCUCUUUGUUAAGCCUUCACCCUCUAAUGGAGACUGUAUGUUCCAAAAAGUGUUUCCCCACUAUGGACUUUGAAAAAGGCAUGUUACUGAAGCAUUAAUAGAAUGGAUAGAUUAUGACAUGUAACUUAAAAAGAGACUGUUUUAUUUAUUUGCAUCCUGCUCCUGUGAAAUGUAAUACUUAGCAUGCAUGAAGAUGACAAAUAUAAAGAGAUAUGAACAUAGAAUCCCAUUGUGGGAAUAUUGAAAGUGAAUACCUGAAAGGCUCCAGAACUGCAGCAAUAAUAAUAUAUAGUAUGUGAAAAAAA